GAAGAAGACAGCUGCCUCUCCUCCACAGCUCAGCGUUGGAAGCUUCUGUUCAUUUUCCCACUCCCCCCUUCCUCCACUCCCACAUCAGCCUCUCUGUCAGCAGCAGCAGCAGCACUACAGAGAGAGAGAGACAAGUCGCUGCUGCCUGCACUGAGCUCAGACAACGCAGGGAAACAAAUGAGCAGCAGCAUUAAACACGCAUAGAAGGGAACUGAACCACAGGGGUCAUUGAGCUUUGGUGGAGGAGUCACCUCUGGCUGCCUAAAAGUUGGGGAGGGGGGGUUCCUAUUCCCCCUGUCCCCACCAUUGUUUGCGCUUAUGUCUGUAGCCUGUGAAUGCUGCUCUCUUUUGAUGUUGGGCUGAAAUGUGCGCAUGCGCAGCACUUUAGAAUUACUGCACUGGCCAGAAUAAGUUGGAUGUCUUCUGCUCUUCACUGGAAAGCCUAAAUCACAUCAAAACCUAAAGGGAUGCUGAGGAUCAAGAAAAAGGGUUACUUGGGGAUCUGGGCAUUCCUGAUUACCAUGGUCUGUACGCAGAGUGUCAAUGAUGCCAGCAAUAUGACACUGGUUAAGGAGACGGUGGAUAGACUGCUGAAAGGCUAUGACAUUCGUCUGAGGCCAGAUUUCGGAGGUGACCCUGUGGCAGUUGGUAUGAAUAUCGAUAUUGCCAGCAUAGACAUGGUAUCAGAAGUCAACAUGGACUAUACCCUGACAAUGUACUUUCAACAAGCUUGGAGGGAUAAAAGACUUUCUUAUUCAGUGAUUCCUUUAAAUUUGACCUUGGACAACAGAGUAGCAGACCAGCUCUGGGUUCCUGAUACAUACUUCCUGAAUGACAAGAAGUCUUUUGUUCAUGGAGUUACAGUGAAGAAUAGAAUGAUUCGUCUGCAUCCGGAUGGUACUGUGCUUUAUGGUCUCAGGAUCACAACAACGGCUGCUUGUAUGAUGGACCUCAGAAGAUAUCCACUAGAUGAACAAAACUGCACUCUAGAAAUUGAAAGCUAUGGAUACACCACAGAUGACAUUGGAUUCUACUGGCGUGGUGGCAAUAAUGCUGUAACAGGAGUGGAGCGGCUUGAACUGCCACAAUUCUCAAUCAUAGAUUACAACCUUCUUUCAAGGAAUGUGGUUUUUUCUACAGGAUCGUAUCCAAGGUUGUCCCUUAGUUUUAAGUUGAAGAGAAACAUUGGCUACUUCAUCUUGCAGACAUACAUGCCUUCAAUAUUGAUCACAAUUCUUUCAUGGGUUUCUUUUUGGAUUAACUAUGAUGCAUCAGCUGCUCGAGUUGCUUUGGGAAUCACAACUGUUCUGACCAUGACAACCAUCAACACUCACUUACGAGAAACCCUACCCAAAAUCCCAUAUGUGAAAGCUAUCGAUAUGUAUCUUAUGUGCUGCUUUGUGUUUGUUUUCAUGGCUUUGUUGGAGUAUGCUUUGGUCAACUACAUAUUUUUUGGCAGGGGACCACAACGCCAAAAGAGAGCAGCCGAAAGGGCUGCAGUUGCCAAUAAUGAGCAGAUGCGAAUGGAAAUUAAUAAGAUGGACCCCCAUGAAAAUAUCUUAUUAAGCACACUUGAGAUAAAAAAUGAAAUGGCAGCAUCCGAAGCAGUGAUGGGGCUUGGGGAUCCACGAAGCGCUAUGUUGGCAUACGACACUUCAAGUAUUCAGUACCGCAAAGCCGGGUUACCCAGACAUAGCUAUGGACGGAAUGCCUUAGACCGACAUGUGGUUCAAAAAAAGAGCAGACUACGAAGACGUGCAUCCCAGCUUAAAAUUAACAUUCCUGACUUGACUGAUGUGAAUGCCAUAGACAAAUGGUCACGCAUGAUCUUCCCAGUGGUUUUUUCAUUCUUCAACAUUGUCUACUGGCUCUAUUAUGUGAAUUAAAGACUAAAAGCCAUACAGGAGGCAAGAACUGGAUUUCCAUUCAGUUUGUGUUUAACCAGAAGUGGGGCUUAGACAAAAAUAUUCAGGACAAAAGCUAUUUUAAAACACCUUAGUUGCUGGCACAUUCCACUGUGUAUAUUUUAAAACUGGUUUUAUUCUGUACCUAUAAGAGUAUGUAUAUCAAUACUCCUUCUACCUUAUAAUAAUCAAAGUUACUUUUAUAUACAGAGUCAAGUUUUUCCUCAUGUAGAUGCUCAAGAAAAAAACAAUCCUCAUAGAUACUCGAGCUCCAGAUUCAUUACCGGUGCACUUUGAAACAUGAAAUAUAUUAGUCAAUAAUAUGAAACAUUAUGACAAGUCCAUCUGUUAUAAAGGUAAACCAGUCCACAGUCCUUUAUAGCCUCCAUGGCACUUGGUUGUUAAUGAUAAGUUCCAAGUUAUUUUCUAAGUCAAUGUGGAUAACCAAUAUCUCUGUAAUUGUUUUACAAUAAUUAAUGCAAUACACAUGGUGGUUACAGGAGUAGGGAAUGAAGUGUAGUGUUAAACAAUUUUCACAUUUAAAUUAAAAAUCUGUAUUUAAUAGUGUGGGAAAGAUAUUUUUGCAGUGGUGUUAAAACCUUCUUCUGCAGUAUGAAUUGAACUCAGCAUAGUGCAGCGCUUUCAUAUUACCCUUAGAAUACAACCCACACAGCUGGAAAGACUUUAUCUUAGAAAAAUGUUAUAGACAGUAGAGUAUCAGGAAUAAAAAAUAUAUCCAAAGGGAACAAAAUUAUCUAUGCCAACAGUCUUCUAAAUAAAAAUAUUGAUUUAUUUUUCAUGAAAAUAUUUAAUUUUAACUAUAAACUAUAAAAAAAAUUGUGCCUAUCAUUAAAUCCUCUGUAUAAACAAUGAAACGAAAUACAAACUUCUAAUAUAUAUAUAUAUAUAUAUAUAUAUAUAUAUAUAUAUAUAUAUAUAUAUAUAUAUAUAUAUAUAUAUAUAUAUAUAUAUAUAUAUAUAUAUAUAUAUAUAUAUAUAUAUAUAUAUAUGGGAACCAGCACCCGUCUCUGUAGUGAUGGUCGGGUGCUAACCAAAAUUUAUAUAUUCAAUGGGGAAAGCAUCAAAGCAUGUUUUUUUACUGUAAAUCAGCAUGCUCUGACAUCAUGAUAUCUGAGCUUGCUGAUUUACAAGAAAAACUUGCUUUAAUUUAACAUCUGCCAUGAGUGCUUUCAUUCCUCAUAUAUAUAUAUAUAUAUAUAGACACACCACAUUUUUGCAGUUCAAGAGAGAGAUUAGAGGAGUUAUGCAAAUUUCUCCAUAAACUUAAAAUAAUAUGAAAUACUGUACAGUCUAUUUUUAAUAGGGAUAAUUCACAAAUGGCAUUAGUAAUAGUAUAUAGACAUGUAUGAAUCCUGACAAAGGAAGUUACCCAGAUACUGUGUGUGUGUGUAUGUGUAUAUAUAUAUAUAUAUAUAUAUAUA